AACUCAGUAUCGUCUUCCUUCCUCCCCGUUGAAGCCAAAGAGAGGACCAUCGUUCCGUCGUCCUCCUUGGGCUCCUCCCCGUCGGAGCUUUCCCACAGCUUCCUUCAAUCCCCUGCCAAAAUUUGCUCCCCAAUUGGUGUUUUAUCGCGUGAUUCGACGAUGGACGCAACCCUAACCCUCCCUUCGUCCACGACUCUGUCCUCGCCGGCCGUAGCGUUUCUCAACGACCGGCUCAACGACCUGCAAGAUCUCGAGCAUGCACCGAGUAUAGUCUCGGAGCUGCAAUCCCAAUGUCUCGAUUUGGAGAAUUCUCUGGCUGACCUCAAUUCUAGGCUCGAAUCCAGUCUUCUCGGUUACGCCUCCUUCUCCGAUCGGAUUCACGGCCUGAUCACUGGUACCACCUCCGAGCUCUCCGAUCUCGAUUCGUUGACGGCCGGUUCUUCUGUAGAUGGAGGAGGGAAAGAGCAGGCAUUGGCAGAGGAGCUGCCGGAGCUGGCAAAGGAGGUUGCCAGGGUGAAGAUAGUUCGAGAUUAUGCUGAUACUGCAUUGAAGCUUGUCACUUUGGUGGGUGAUAUUGAAGAUGCUGUAGCUUUUGUAAUGAACAGAAACCUACAUAAGCGUCCGACUCCAGAAAGUUCAGAGGAUAUGUGUUUUCAUGCUAUUGAAGCACUUGAGAAAACGGAAGAUGUGUUAACUUCUAUUACAAAGAAACAGUCUCAAUGGACGCGACUUGUAUCAGUAGUUGAUGACAGAGUAGAUCGGGCACUGGCCACAUUAAGACCCCAGCAAAUUGCUGAUCACCGAAUCCUCCUUACUUCCCUUGGGUGGCCAUCUCCACUUAGCUCCUUAAGCUCGCCUAUUCGUGAUACUGGGGAAUCUUCUGAAACCUCUAAUCCUCUAUUCACAAUGCAUGGGGACCUCAAGCAUAAAUAUUGUGAAACCUUCCGUGCGUUGUGUCGCUUGCAAGAGUUGCAGAUGCGAAGAAAGGCUCGGCAGCUUGAGGGCCACAACAGGGAAAUCGCUUUACACCAACCACUUUGGGCAAUUGAAGAACUCGUGAACCCUAUAUCAAUUGCAUGCCAACGACAUUUCUCAAAAUGGUCAGAUAAGCCGGAGUUCAUUUUUGCUCUUGUCUACAAGAUUACCAGGGACUAUGUUGACACUAUGGAUGAAUUGCUACAGCCCCUUGUUGAUAAAGCUAGGCUAGUGGGAUAUAGUUGUAGAGAAGAAUGGAUUUCGGCCAUGGUAACUUCUUUGUCUACAUACUUGGCAAAAGAGGUAUUUCCUGUGUAUAUUGGCCAAAUGGAAGAAGAACAUGUUAGCGGCGUUCAGUCUCAGGCUAGAAUAUCGUUGCUGCAUCUGGUCGACCUGAUGAUCUCUUUUGAUCAACGGGUUCUGUCUCUGGCAACACAUUCUGGUGUCUUGAUUUCCAUUCAGGAAGACAGGAACCUCCAGAAAUUUUCAUCUCUAUCUGUUUUCUGUGAUCGACCUGAUUGGCUUGAUUUGUGGGCAGAAAUAGAGCUCAGUGACACACUUGCGAAAUUAAAAGCUGAGUCUGAUGAUGAGCGGAAAUGGAAAGUGAAAGUUCAGGGCGCAGCUCUUUUAUCCGGUCCCGAGAAUUACAAGUCGCCUAUAGUUUCUAGUGCCUUCCUUCAGCACCUGUCUUUAGUGAUUGAUCGAUGUCGAUCACUGCCUACUACAUCUUUGAGGUGCAGGUUCGCUCGAUUAGUUGGUGCACCUAUAAUACACAGAUUUUUGGACAGCCUGUUACGUAGGUGUCAGGAAGCUGAAGGAUUGACUGCAUUAACUGAUGAUGAGGGGUUAAUUAAGGUUGCAAACUCGGCCAAUGCUGCUCACUAUUUUGAGUCGGUUCUUAAAGAAUGGUGUGAGGAUGUUUUGUUUCUCGAAAUGGAAUUUGAUCAAGAUGAUCCAUUUUUUAAUGAUGACACUGGGGCGAAGGGUCCAUUCGAUAUGUUCAUGUCCACGGGUGGGAUUUUCGAAGUGGAGAUAAAAGAGUUGGAGAGAUUCAGGAAAGAGUGGGUUGAGAAGAUAUCAACAGUUGUUUUGAGGGGAUUUGAGGCCGACAGUCGAGAAUACCUGAAAAACAAGAAGCAGUGGCAGGAGAAGAGGGAAGAUGGCUGGACGGUGUCCAAACAUUUAGUUGGUGCUCUAGAUUAUUUACAGGCAAAGAUGGCAGUCAUAGAGGAAAAUCUAAAUAGUAUAGAUUUUGUCAGUGUAUGGAGAAGUUUGGCUUCUGGAAUUGAUCGUGCACUCUUUAAUGGCAUUUUUAUGAGCAGUGUAAAGUUCUAUGACAGUGGUGUUGAAAGUCUUAGCAACGACUUAGAGGUCUUGUUUGGGGCAUUUAGGGCUUGGUGUCUUAGACCAGAAGGCUUUUUUCCCAAAUCAAGUGAGGGCUUGAAGUUGUUGAAGAUGGUGAAGAAGCAGCAUGAAUUGGGAGUAAUCGGAGGCGAGAAUUGGAUGAAAGAGAACGGAGUCAGGCGUAUUAGUGUCAGUGAGGCAGAGAAGAUACUAAAAAGUAGGAUGUUCGGAAGUUAGCAGAGUGGCAAAUUCAGAACUCUUCAGUUAUGAGACCUGUGUAGAAGUUUGCAGCUUCUAGAAAAGUAAAACAAUAGUCCAGGUUUGAUAAUUUCAUUCUUGAAAUUGUUUUUUUUUGUUGUAAAUCAUUAGAUGGACAUGUUAUCGAACACAUUUUUCUCAACUGAAACUGAGAGAAGAAAAGAAGACAGAAUAGUUGCAGUUUCCCUUACUCGAGGGAGAGUUUUGUGAAGUGCAUGUUGUCCUAGCCUCCUUGGAACUGGGUGUGUUCGAGCUUUUGCUUUCACAUUCAAUGCUAAUGCUAGUUUCUUAUCAUCAUCCAAUCCCCGAUGUUAGGUCACUGAGUAGGUUGGAAAUUUCUGGCCGUGAUGGCCAAAAGAGAUGUACUGAAGUGAAAGUGAUGGAGGUCUGGGAAUCUGGACGUCUGGUACAUUCAGCUUUUCUGAAGCUCUGAUUCUGAGGGCUCUCUGUCUCAUUAUGAUGAACGAAUGGUGGUUUUUCUUGUUAGCUUUACCAGCUGAUGUCCCCUUCAUUGUUUUGGUACCAUGUAAAGGACCACGAACACGAGAGUGCAUCAUGUUUCAGUUUCAUCAAUCGGUUCCUGAGCAUCUGGUUCGCAGGUCGGUUGGUUGCGUACUCUUUCCUCUUGACACGAUCGUGUAAGAGGGUUGUCAGCGGAAAAGUCGGCAAGCGAAGAAGUUGAUUGAGCACAGAGCAAAAAUGUUACCAGCCACUGGUUUCUGGUUGCACGAUAAUGGUUUUUACUUCUCACACAAGUUGAUAUGUACUGUUGUCAUUUUGCUGUGAUGAUAGUGAAGGAUGGGUACCCUAUUUUACCAGGACUGUUGGCACUAAGUGCAGUAUUGUGGGUGGUCCUGCUGGUAGAAUGCCCUUUUGCUUUAUUUGUGAGACGAUUCAUUGUACUA